AUGAACAUCCGUAGUAAAUUGUCGAGUUUGCGGGAGUAUCUCACCCCCAUCAACAACGAGAGCAACUUCCAUUCGACCGGCCAGAUUUCACCCGACGAAUUUGUGAAGGCGGGCGAUUAUUUGGUGUUCAAGUUUCCUACAUGGCAAUGGGGUACAUGUCCGCCUGCUCUCCAGAAAAGCUUCCUUCCGCCCGACAAACAGUUUCUUGUCACGCGGCAUGUUCCGUCGUACCGGCGAGUCUCGUCAUAUUUGCCUGAAAUUGUAGACGGCGAUGAGGUGGAAGAGGGGGAUGAAGAAUGGGGAAUUCCAUGUUUCAAUGACAAAAAGGAGAGUGGUAACACAUUCGAGGAUGUUGCUGCCGAUGCUAAAUCACGCCUGCGCGAUUCUUCGAAAGCCGCUGCAGCGCCUGAACUCGAUGAUCUUGAUGAUUUGAUCGAAGAUGACGUUGAGGAUGUUGUAGAUGAUGUAGAUGCCGCAAUUGCCGCCGAAAUACAUUCGUUGACCUUGGACGGAUCGGAAGUUGAUGAUUUCACGGAAAUUGCGAGCGACGCUGCCCUGCUGGUCCGCAAGUAUGAUCUCUAUAUUCUGUACUCCACGUCUUACAGGGUGCCCAAAUUGUACUUGGUGGGCUUCAACGCCAACGGCAUUCCACUCUUGCCCAAGCAAAUGUAUGAGGAUAUUUCCGGCGACUACAAGGAUAAGACAGCCACGAUAGAAAACCUCCCCAUGUCCUACAAUACCACCGCUGUAUCUAUCCAUCCUUGCAAGCACUCAUCUGUGAUGAAGGUAUUUAUGAGACACAGUAAGCUGGGAGUGAAUGGCACCGAAGAUUCAAAGGACGGAGAAGCCACCGGCGGGAUCCGUGUGGACCAAUACCUUGUGAUUUUCCUUAAGUUCAUUGCCAGUGUAACCCCGGGCAUUGAGUAUGACUUCACCAUGGAUGCUCUUUAG